AGCGACGUGCCAGCCUCCGCACCUAGAGAUGGCCGCGCCACCACUCAUAUGUACGCCGUAUCGUGAUCGUUUUCCGAUCCAUUCGGGGGCCUCUGAUGGGCGCUGCGUCGCAAACAGCGUGUUGCUGCAGACCGGAGGACAAGACGCUGCUCGCCAUCCAUCAGCCGAUGUGGCUGCUGCAACGCUGGCAGAGGCACAGGUGAACAGCGCCUGGCCUUCCGUCUUGAGGGACGCCUCCGAGGUCGGCGCCUCCACGCCGUCGACGGCGGACUCCGACGGCGCCUCGCAGAGGAGUCCGCAAAGGGGGCUCGCGGUCGACAUCGCGCGGGCCGCACGGGGCGCGCUGGCUGCGAGGCAGCCGCGGACGUCCGGUCCGGAGGCUGUGGCUACGGAGGCGACCAGACCCAUCGACACGUCAUCUGUUCGCAAGAAGGCGUCCUCUGCGCUGCUCAAGGGUUUGCGCAACGGCUCGUUGAGCCGCAUCAUCGACGAGAGUGAGGCGGCCGAGGCGGCCGAGGCGGCCGCGGCGGGCCGGGCCGCGGAGCCCGCCGCAGACGGCUCCUUCGCCACUGGGUGGCACUUUGGCCAGCGGCUCCUCGUGCCAGUGCACCAAGUGCCACUGGCAGUGUGUGUCGGCCACGCGCGGGCCUUGUCUCUGAGCAUCGAGUGAUGAAUUCGAGCAUCACGUGAAUCUCGGUCUGAAUUCCGUUUCUGGCAAGGUAGUUGCAUGCACAGUUGAGCACAGGAGGGGGAGACGGGUUUGCAGCAGCGCUUCCCCACCUUCGCAGCAAUGUGCCUCAGGGGCCGUGCCAGGAGGCGGCAGAGGUCGGCCACGCGCAGAAGGAAGGCCUCUUAGAAGCACCCCUCUGAGCUGCC